GUGUGUACCUGAAACCUUCUGCUGUUCCGUCUAAAAAGGUCUCCAAAAUAGUGAAAUCCAAAAAACGAGUCCAAAGGAUGAAGCGUCCUCCCACUUAUCUGUGCGACCACAACUACUGUGCAUGGUAUAGCAUGCCACCUAAAAGCAACAAGAUUUGUUUCAUCCCUGGCUGUUGUUCAAGAGCAAGCAAAGAUACAUCUCUUCACAAAUUUCCAAAACCAACCGAAAAUCAGUACCGUCUUUGGCUAAAUGCAAUUAAGUGUCGAAAAAUUCCCUCGAAAAAUUCAACGAUUUGCAGUAAUCACUUUGUUGCGACAGACUAUCUUCCAGGUCGUAGGCGCCUAAAGACAACCGCUGUACCAUCGAAGCAUCUCUUUGAAAAUGACUCAUCUUCGAAGAACACUUCGACGAAUUUAUCGACAAGUUCAUGUACUACUACCGAAAGGUACGAUGAUGACAAUGAUCACACUUCUUCUGUGGAUCAUGAAGCAAACAAUGAAGAUAUCCGUUCUUCAAAAGCGAAAGUAGAGACAGAUAAGGAUUCGACAUCUCAUGCUACCGACUUUGCCUCUUCAAAUGUGGGAACGAUUUAUAAUGUGAAUCAGGAUGUGAAUGAUAUUGCGAAGCAGCAGUGUUCAAUCGUUGGUCGAAAACACGAUGAUUCGCUGCUCAAUGGAAAUCGUUCCGGAAGCUUUCAUCUUAUCACAGGAAACAAUACGGAAGGAGAUAAUGAAAAGCAGGUGCCUACAAUCGAUAAUGAAACACAAGAUGAUUCCCGGCUAGGUGGAAACGCUUUCGGGUUGGAAAUGAUCAGAAUGAGUACUCAACGAACAAAAGAAAAUAAGGUAGAAGAAGAAGAAGCAUAUGUGGAAUGUUCCCCUGCAAAAACUACGAAGCAGUCGCUUUCGAUUAAUAACCGGACCCAAGACGAUUCACAGCUCGAGGACAAUGAUUCCGCAUGGGAUGCUUCCGGAAUGAGUUCUCAGCUUAUCGAACGUGCCAGUAAGAAAUUGAAGCAUAAGGAAAUUUUAUCAGAUCUGCUCAUUACGGAUAAGGAAGUGUCUGUAUGGACUGGCAUCCCCACCAUAGUGCAACUCGAAGAAAUCUGCCUAGCGUGCUCGCACGAAUAA